AUGAACGGAAGCGGGGGCCUAUUCCUCAGCCUCUGUGGGCCUGAGGUGUUUGAGAUGGCCCGAGCAUUGGUUGCGCCAGAAGCAGUCCAGGCAACACCAUGCGACACGAUCCAAGAGAAGCUCCGCAACCACUACAUGCCAAAGCCGUCCAAGAUUGCUGCCCGCCAUGCAUUUUACCACCGGAACCAGGCAGAGGGGGAGUCAAUCAACAACUACACCACCGCCCUGCGACAGGCUGCAAUGCACUGCGAGUUCCGAGACUUAGACGAUGCCCUGAUGGAUCGAAUCGUCUGCGGGGUCCGGGACAUCCAUCUGCAACGCCGUCUCCUCGCCAAGCCAGACCUCAUGCUACAGAAAGCCACUGAGGAGGCUGUGGCCUCAGAAGCUGCUGAACGCUCCGCCCAGGAGAUCCGCAAGUCCAGCAGCCCGCGUCUUGCUAGGAAGCCAGUUCCAGUGCAUCAUGAAGAGGCCAGCAGUGAUGAGGCAUCCUCCAGUGAAGACGAUGACGUGCACCAGACAAAGCGGGAGCGCAGGAAGUUCCAACAGAAGUCCAAGGGCCAACCGGAAUGUGCCAGCUGCGGAGGCAACCAUUCCCGUGCCAAGUGUUGA